ACUAUUCAAGCAAAAGGAGACAAGUAUUUUUCGCUAACGCCACACCUUUCGUGACGUCAGAUCGACGCCCAGCAGACGACACCCUCCUUUUUGAAGCGAGGGGAGAAGGUCACUCACACACUGCUUCACGCCACUUGCCUCUCGCGCCACUGAAAGAGAGUCGCCAUUGGAUACCGACGCCCCUACAACUCGUCCGAAGCGCCUGACCAUGGAGGAGGCAGCAGCAUCAGCUAAAAACCAACAGAAGAAUUUAAAUGCUACAAGUCCUUGUGAUGAAAGGGAAGAUGACAUUUGUGCCACACCAAACAUGGCUCCAGCACAAAGAGUACGCAGAGGAGCCGUCAGUGCAGAAACAUAUUCUGAAGAAGAUGCCACAACUUAUGUUAAAAAGGUUGUACCUAAAGAUUACAAAACGAUGACAGCUUUAUCCAAAGCAAUAGAAAAAAAUGUUCUCUUUGCACAUUUAGACGACACAGAACGCAGUGACAUUUUUGAUGCUAUGUUUCCUGUGGUACAUUCAGCUGGUGAAGUUAUCAUUCAGCAAGGAGAUCAGGGGGACAAUUUUUAUGUAAUUGAUCAAGGAGAAGUAGACGUUUAUCUGAACGGACAAGUUGUAACUACAAUUGGUGAUGGAGGCAGUUUUGGAGAACUUGCUCUAAUUUAUGGUACUCCUAGAGCUGCGACUGUUAAAGCCAAAAUAGAUUGCAAAUUAUGGGCUAUAGACAGAGACACAUACAGAAGAAUUUUAAUGGGAAGCACAAUCAGAAAAAGAAAAAUGUACCAAGAAUUCCUCAGUAAAGUGUCUGUGUUAGAAAGUCUUGAUGACUGGGAAAGGUUAACUGUUGCUGAUGCAUUAGAACCAAUGCAAUUUAACGACGGUGAUAUCAUAGUUGAACAAGGACAACCAGGGGAUGAUUUCUUCAUAAUAGAGGAUGGCACAGCAGUUGUUCUGCAGCGCAGGUCCGAUUCAGAGCCACAAGUUGAAGUUGGUCAAUUAGGGCCUUCUGAUUAUUUUGGUGAAAUUGCAUUGCUACUUGAUCGCCCUAGAGCAGCUACUGUGAAAGCAAAAGGUCCUCUUAAAUGUAUAAAAUUGGAUCGUGCCCGGUUUGAGCGUAUCUUGGGUCCUUGUGCUGAUAUCCUGAAGCGGAAUAUGACUCAUUAUAAUAGUCUGAUUUCAUUAUCUGUGUAGUUUUCAUUUUGCCAAAUAUUUAGUGUAUAUUGAAAUGGAUUGUAUUGCCUCUACCGAACUUCUACAUAAAAUGGAUUGCAAUACAGCACUUCUCCCAGUGCUGCAGAAAGUGGUACAUUCCCUUUCUUGUCCCAAAGAUACUGGUCAACCGAGUGGAAUAAUCAACCCAAAAAUGAAGAAAAAAUUUUUAAAGCAACACCCAAAUCAGUCAGUUUGUGCAUUUAGAUGGCAUUGUGUGUGUGUACUUUUUCCUAGUGUGUGUCUCAUACAAUGGAUUCCAGGUUGUGAUUUGCCUCCUUUACUUUUUGUACUACGCCUGUCAUUUUUGUUUCCAUUGAAAGGCGUCACAAUGUGCAACUUUACGCAUGUGUACAAUGGCAUAGGGAGCAAGAAAACAAACUUCAAAAAAAUGCGACCGUAGAAAUGGGAGUCGCAAUACACCAAAGAUAUAAAAGGUAGUCAUGAUUGUAUGUGAGGGAUCUUGUAUUCUGAUGAUUCUGAGGCUUGAUUGAUGCUGCGCAUUAUCCUUGUAGCCAUUGCACAACUGCAGCACUCUUGAAGCCGCGAAUUUUUUGCAUACAGAAUGAAUUUAAAAAAAAUUAUAUUUUAUAUUAAAUUGGAAGCUGCUUUGAGCAGUAACUGGUUCUGCUUAGAAGACGUGAGAGCAAUGCAUGGAGGUGGGAAAAGGUUUUCUUUUGAUCAGCAUCACUCUUUAUUGGUUGGACAUAUCUCAGAGCUAAGUUAGGGCCUAUGCUAAAAAAUACCCUUAUGUCUAUCCAUUGGUGUUAAUCUCUCAAACCUUUUCUGCCUUGUUGAAAGGCAUCAGUUUUUGAGUUGAAAGCGUCUUUAGCCUAUUACUUUUUGAUAUAUUUUAGAGUUUAUGAACGUUAUUGUAAUAAAUGUAUUGAAUUUAAUAUGUGCAUUCAUAGUGUUAAUGUUAUUUCUGUACAUAUAUAUAAAUCCAAAUUUCUGAUGGUGUUUAUGAAUGAAUGUAAUAUUUUGGGAUUUGUACUUAAAAGUAUAUUUUUUUCACUGAAAAUAAACUUUUUCCAAAGUAUUAUUGCUUGAUGUAAAAAAAAAAUGUACCAUAAUUUAUUUUUAUUUUAGUUUUUUUUUUUCAAACUUUAUUUAUUUUUAUUUUUUUACUUCAAGGAAUAUUAAACUUAAUCCAAUAAAGCCAAUGUUUUGUUUUCAAACUAACUAGAUUUCUGAAAUUUUAAAUUAAAAAAGAAAAAGAAAACAUUCUGGAGUUGAAUAUGUUGUAUCGUUUCUUCACCGCACCAGACAUUUAAUUCCAGAUUUUGUAUAAAUGAAAGCGAAAAACAGUAGGCCCUGGUGUAGCUCUUUUUUAUCACUAUUAAAAUGGGUUAGUUUUUCUUUCAGAGCCUACCUUCUAUAAUUUUGAUUUAAACUGUAAUAUAUCACUGAACAGAUUGUAGUUAUUAAUUUUAAGCUGCUUAUAGCUCAUUUGUAAUCAAGAGCUUUGAAACUAGAAUUUUUAAGUGAGAAAUAACAUGUUUGUUAUCUUUUUAGUUUUCAUUGUACAAAAUGGGAAAGACAUCUUAGUGUAAAAUGAGCGAGCUUGUAUGGAAAUAAACAUAUAUGCUGGAA